GCAGAAGAAUUCUUCGAUAUUAGGAACACUUUUUAGAGCUAACUAACGAUCCACAUUUCGAUUGUUGGUUAAUCUGUUAUAGUUAGUGUUAUUGAUAUUCUUAGAGAUGGCUCUUCCACCACAGCUAAAAGCCAUUCAGCACUAUCUAAGAACUGCACAGGAACAUGAGAAGAGGGAUCCUGUCGUGGCUUAUUACUGUCGGCUUUAUGCCAUGCAGACGGGAAUGAAACUGGACAGCAAAACCCCAGAAUGUCGGAAGUUUCUUGUGAAACUGAUGGGCCAGUUAGAAACGAUGAAGAAGGAGCUGACUGACAGUGACUCAAUCACCCAGGAAGUUGUCGGCAAUGCACACAUCGAAAACUAUGCCUUAAAAAUGUUCCUCUAUGCUGACAACGAGGAUCGGUCAGGAAGAUUCCACAAGAAUAUGAUUAAGUCCUUCUACACAUCUAGCCUUUUGUUAGAUGUCCUGUCAGUUUUCGGCGAGUUAUCGGAGGAGAACAUCCAGCACAGGAAGUAUGCGAGAUGGAAGGCCACUUACAUCCACAACUGUCUGAAGAGUGGUGAAACCCCACAGGCUGGCCCUGCUGGCUAUGAAGAGGAAACAUAUGAGGAGGAGUAUGGUGCUGAGGGUGGAGGGGGACCCUCCUCCCAGUCUGCUCAGCCCCAGUCUCCACCUCAUUCCCAGCCCGGCUUCGGGGAUCCAAACCAGGGGCCUGGGUCCAUGGGCGGUCUCCCCUACCCCCCCACCAACUACAACAAUAUCCACAUCCCCCCUGGAGCCCAUUGCCCAGCCAACACACCUGCAGAGCUCCCUCCACCUGCAGCAGGAGAAGCCAUUCAACCAGUGCCUGUUCCCCGAAGCAUUCCAGCGGUCGACCCCUCACUGCAGAGUGCCACUCAGGAAGGUGACGUGCGCCUCACGCCAGAGGACUACACCAGAGCUCAGAAGUACUGCAAGUACGCCGACAGUGCCCUGCAGUAUGAAGACGUGGGCACGGCGGUGCAGAAUCUGCAGAAGGCCCUGAAGUUGCUUACCACUGGCAAAGAAUGAGACCCAUUGUCCCCCGGCGUCACUGUAUCACUAUAUCGCUGAUCUGGCCCAGAAGAACUGAGACCGUUACCCUAUAAUCUACAGCAACCCCAGCUGUAUCCGUCUGAAGAAAGCAAUUCUGUCCCAACAUAACGUAAACAACAAUGACAUCUGUGUCUCCAUAUUGGACUCCUGCUGUGGAGCUUCCAACAUGUCUGUCCAUAACUAGUGAGUUGCUCAUUAAAGACUUCCUGAGCCUGUGUUAAAACAGUGCAUUUAUCACCUGCUAAUAUACUCCUUAUAUUAGUUUACACAAACAACCUGUUCACCUUAGUUUGAUAACACUUUUGUGUAACACACAUAUCUCCUUUUGUAUGCAUGCACGUUUUGGGAACGUACUCGUUUUGCAGUUCAAAAAAUACCAAAUCUUUCAUCAAUUUUACGUACAGUAAGUAGCCCAAUGCUUCAAGUAGACAGUAGAUAUAAUCCUCUAUUUUCAGGCGACAUUGAUCUGCCCUUUACUGUGUUUUCAAUACAGUAUCUAUUUGUCUUAUUUUCUCGGGUGAAAGGACUCAUUUCUGCAUCAACACAAUUUAAAUAAAAUGUGUAAAUUGAUUGAUGGUUGGUGACCUGUUUGUAUAUACUGAUACUGUCUGCUUUAGUAAACAAAACUGUCCAAGCAAGAGGAGGACUUUUGUUCAACAAGAAGGGGACAUAUACGGUUAGUUUCUUGGACAUAGGUUUAGCCUAGUCCUAGACUAAAAAGCUAUUUUAAUGGAGAUUAGCCAUUGUGCAUUCUUUUUAGUUGGGGACUAGGCUUAAUCUGUGUCCAGGAAACCGCCCAUAGAGAAGUAAUGUCACUUUAGUUGAAAGCCCUUCCCUUCACGAAACUUGUACUUCUGUAUGCUCUUAUCUUUGACUGAGCAGUAGAUCGGUCCAUCCUCAAAUAUGCAGAAUUUUCUGAGUGAAUUUUGUGUUUCUAAUAUUUCUAAAUUGUUCAUUUCAUUUAUCGAUGUGUACUUAAAUGAAGGACUCAUUUCCCUGUUAUUAAAACACAUCAAUUAAAGUAUUUAGGUCAUUGUUCAUCAUUUUAUACAUUUCCAUAGUGAUGUUGAACUGGGAAAUAUUGAAGCAUGCCAGUGCUCCACACCGUAGAGACAGCAACAGUCUGUUGAGGGGGUUUUUGAAUAGAUUUAUCCAGAACGCAACAUCCCUCUCGACUGCUGUCUCCACUUGAAAUGUAUUUAACUAAUUUGCUCUGUUUAUGUAGCCAAGCUUUGAAGAUGACCUUCUCUUCUCCCUUUUAGUGUUCGUUUGAUAACAGUAAUUGAACUGUAAUGUACAGCCAUUGGCGAUUAUUAAAAUGUGCUGAAACUCUAAGAGCAGAUAAUUGAGUGGACCUCACUGUGGAAUGUUCACUCUGAAGGCUCAUCAUAUUAAAUAAAUGUUUAAACGUGUAUAUCAAUGAGAUGAAAGGAGUGAACAAUUACAUUUAGAGCAUUUGUAAUAUCACCAGGUAGUCCCCUGCUGCAUUACAAGGGCCAUUGAAAUAAAAUGCUGGAAAUUAAACCUUUAAUGAACUGCA